UAACCGAGUCCCGUGGCUAUCCCAUCUCCUGGAAUUCCCCUACGCCACCCCUUUCGAAAGUUGACAGGGUAAUUUCAUGAGGUGGAAGCCUACUUUCUCGUCACACAGUGAUUAUGUCGUCUUAAUCGUUCUUGUAGCUUGGCAUGGACCCGGACGAGAGUGACGUUCCACCGCCGACGGAUGUCUCUCGAGUGGACUCCACUCCGGCAGGUAGCGAGAUGACGCUCGACGGUCCUUCGCAGUCGUCUUCGAGCGGAACCUGGACAUCACCCCCAAACCUCGACGCUCAGAGCGAGGCGAGCUUGCGGCAAGCCUCGGUAGCCUUAGACGCUGCCUAUGAGCGAAUAACUCAACUACGGACUAGCAUAAACCGCCUCUUAAAUCGAGUGCCACCCGGGAGUACUCCUCAAUCACCACCUUAUCGAGGUUCAGAAGCAGGAAUGGGACCUGAUCACUCAGCAAUAAUGCUCUCGAAUGGCGAACUUGCAGGAGAGCUGAAUCUACGAGCGGAGAGGUUGAGGACGCUCAUCUCUCCAUCUGCUCGGCAGAGACUGGAGGACUUCGAGAGGACACGAAUGACCAGGAGGGAGCCUUUCCAAUGGGAGAGGUUUUUACACGGCGAAAGGCCGAGGUAUCUCAGAAAUGAUGUCCCUUCCUUCCAAGCAACGACGGUGUCGCCUCUCCAUUCCCGGUCGCCACCGAUGCCAGAUCUCAUGGUACCAGGUACACGUACAUCCACGCAGCCGCGCCCAUACAUGCGUCAUGAACUCUUGGGCAGUGACUUGGAUGAAGCAAGCACGACGAUCGGAAGACGCGUUGCAAUUCGGGUCGCUGCGGGUUGGACAGACGACUCGCAUGGCACCUCGCAGUUUCGCUCGUUGGAGCAGAGGUUACAGGCACAGACAGCUCAGAUUGCACAUGAGCUGCAGAAUAUGACCGAUCGAUUGAUUGCACGUAGGACUGGACAAUUGGCUGUCCCUACUGCAGCCUACGGAUCUACUCGUCAUGAGCCACCGCAUGCUAGUUUGGGUCCUUUUCCCAAUGAUUUGGCAUCGCCGCGUCACUUUAGAGGUGUCUCCCAGCGGACACCACUAUCCAGAAUUGGGGGUGUCGAUGUUACAACACACCCCGACCCGCCGCCAUCUUCAUCAGGUCUUCUGCCAACAACUUCUUCUGCUGCCGAUGCCCCUGGCUCUGACCGAACUGCUUCUGGUACGCCUGAUGUUCCGGUGGCCUUACCUGUCUUCCUGGAUCUUGAUAAUCCAGUGGAAGUGAGAGAUAGACUACGAGACCUCCUCGCACGGGAGCGCCCCGACCGUUCAACUCAUCCAACAGUUGAAGUGGCCAGACGGGGAAAUCACAAUGUCAAUGUUAGUACCGGGCAGAGCGAACGCACAUCCUCUCCACAACAACAGCCUGGUCAAACCAGACGACGAAGAAGAUGGGGUAAGUUUGGUUAUGAGUACUCAUACAUCUCUGGCUUAUGAGCGCACUAUCACACAGCGCACUUGGAUGCAGAUGGAGA